UGCAGCCCUCCAGUGCUGCUGGCCUGAGAUGGGAGCGCACACAGCGGCACCAUCACGGCCGGAGAAACGGGAUAAACCUGGAAAAGAACCCAUCCGCACAACAAUACCACAUAGGUACGGCGGCGCGGAGGGAAGGAGGAACAAUGGCACAACGAAACAAUUGAUUCAACCGGAUCCCACCGCUUGAUCGCGUUCUCUGAGAAACUCCGAUGUUGUCGUCGCUUGUGUUUUGCGCUUUUUAUCCUUUCUCCUUGAGCGCUGCUGGUACAAAGGCGCUCGGUCUGGAGCCGCAGCAGCACCUGGGAUUACUGCCAUGUGAAGCUGCUAUCACGGACACACACGGAAUGGUAGACACAGACAGUGAGUAAACCUCUCAGGAUUAAAACACUUUAUUAAUAAUUUUGUUCUUCUUCUCUCUCUCUCUCUCCCGGAGAGCGAGACCCCCCCCCCCUCCCGUGUCACCCCGCGAGGAUAGAUGCUGUCAUUGUGUCAAGGCUGAGAUUUUUGAAAGGGGGAAAAAAAGAAAAACAAGAACUCUUCUUUUUUUUAAUGUGUCCUAUUCUGGAAUAAUGCAUGAGACAGACGAGCUGCAUGAGAUUGCCGCUUUGUGUCCCCUGUCCUGCCUCACACGUCCCCGGCUAUCCCUCUGCCUGACCAGCCGGUCUUUCUUGUUCAGAAUGGGAUGUAUUGUCGCCUCUGCGCAGCCCACGACAAGUGUCAGCGAUUGCACUGUGUGUUUCUGAACCGGUUACCCCUGAAGGCCUGUUUUUAAACCCCGCUUUCUGACUGCAGGUGGCCAUUGUUGUCGAUAAGGACUCUGUGGCAAACUGGACCAUAACAGGACAGACGGUGCGCCCUCGGCUUCAUUCACCCAGGUGUGUGUGAGCCAGGGUCAGUCGCAGAGAGGAAUUCGGCACAACAUGGUGGAGCCUGUGGGAUUUACCGAGGCGUGGAAUGCUCAAUUCCCGGAAUCCGAACCCCCCAAAAUGGAGCUGCGAUCAGUCGGUGGCAUCGAGCAGGAACUGGAGAAGUGCAAAGCUUCCAUCAGGCGCCUGGAGCAGGAGGUGAACAAGGAGCGCUUCCGCAUGAUCUACCUGCAGACCCUCCUGGCCAAGGAGAGGAAGAGCUACGACAAGCAGCGGUGGGGCUUCAGGAAGACGCCACUGAACGAGGGCAUGGACCCCGAGACCACGCAGGGCGCCGAGUGCCCGUCCCAGCAGCCGCACAUGCAGGAGACCGGUGGAGUCGGAAUAGGAGUCGUUGGUGGAGGGUAUGGCGGUGGCAGUAUGGAGAGGAGCCGCUAUCAGCCUCUCGGAGAUGGACGGUCCAAACCCAGGCCUCCGCCAGCCAGGAAGUCGGCCUCCCACGGAGACGGGCUGGAGUCGGCCUUUGAGGUACCCCAGCAGGCCGAGUCCACGUCCUGCGACAACCUCGAUGGCCUCUCGCCGUCCAAGCAGAGAGGCGGCAUCUCGGUCUCCCCCCGCAGGCUCAACGUUCCGCCAACAGACAAGGACCUGCCCUCUGACCCCAAGGACAAGCUGGGGAUGGGACUUGGGGUGGCGGCCUUACGGUCCAACUUUGAGAGGAUCAAACGGGCCAACUCUCAUUCUGCGGGGGAUGUAGCAAAGGGCCAGGAGAAGCAGCAGCAGCAGCAGCAGCCGCCGCCGCCGCCGCCAUUCUACUCUAACAUGGAAUUUCACCACGAGAGGGGUCUGAUCAGGGUCAACGACCGUGACGUCUCUGACAAGAUCAGCUCCCUGGGCAGCCAGGCCAUGCAGAUGGAGCGAAAGAGAUCUCUUCACUCCCUCCCGGGUAACCUGGCAACGGUGGCGGGGGAGCUCCGCGCCAGGCCAGUGUACAGAGGCCGGUCCUCCGAGAGCACCUGCGGCUACGACGCAGAAUAUGAGGACGGGGAACCCAACCAGAGAAAUGCAGUGAGGGCCAAUGGCGGCAAACCUCCACCCCCGCCAUGGCAGCCCUCCGAGUUCCAGGCCUACUCCAGCGUCUAUGUUGGUGGGGUAAUGAUGGGCGAAGGCGGCGGUGGGGACGGGAGAGGUGGCGGCGGGAGUGGCAGUGGCGUCCCAAUGAGAGAGCUCGGGGUAGGCGAUGACCACCUCCUGACCUGGCCGCGCCGCUCCUACUCCCCGGGGAGCUUUGAGGAUGUCGGUGGAGGCGGUGGCUACACACCGGACUGCAGCUCCAACGAGAACCUGACGUCCAGCGAGGAGGACUUCUCCUCCGGGCAGUCCAGCCACGUCUCCCCCAGUCCCACCACCGCCUUCCGCCGGCCCUUCAGGGAGAAGAGCCGCUCGCCGUCCCAGAACUCCCAGAACUCCCAGCACUCGUUUGACAGCAGCAGCCCUCCGACGCCGCAGUCCCAGAAGCGCCCCCACCGGCAGCAGGGGGGCCACGUGGUCAUGUCUGAAGCCACUAUUGUGAGCGUUCGCAAGACCGGUCAAAUCUGGCCACCUGGUGCCCAUCAUGACCUCGUGCCCCACGGUCGAACACCCCAUGACAACAGUUUCCACGGAGACCAACUAGAUGGUCAUUUCCCCGGGACGCCUCCCACGUACGGUUACGAUGCAGACCGCGCAGAGGAGCAGCGGAGGCACCACGACAUCCUGCCGUACAUCGACGACUCGCCGUCAUCUUCGCCGCACCUCAGCUCCAAGAGCCGCAGCAGCCGGGACACCCUCUCCUCCGGAUCGCUGGAGUCCUCCAAGUCGACUGAAUGUGACCUGGAAAAAGGUUUGGAGAUGAGGAAGUGGGUCCUGUCUGGGAUCCUGGCCACCGAGGAAACAUACCUCAGUCACCUGGAGGCCCUGCUGCUGCCGAUGAAGCCUCUGAAGGCCGCGGCUACAACGUCGCAGCCGGUGCUCACCGUGCCCCAGAUAGAAACCAUCUUCUUCAAAGUGCCUGAGCUUUACGAGAUCCACAGGGAGUUCUACGACGGACUCUUCCCUCGCGUUCAGCAGUGGAGCCACCACCAGAGAGUCGGAGACCUCUUCCAGAAACUGGCCAGCCAGCUCGGAGUCUACCGAGCGUUUGUGGACAACUAUGAGCUGGCUGUGGAGACCGCAGAGAAGUGCUGCCAGGCGAACACACAGUUUGCUGAAAUCUCUGAGAACCUGAAGGUGAGAAGCCCAAAGGACUCAAAGGACCAGACAGCCAAGAACUCUCUAGAAGCGUUGCUCUAUAAACCGGUGGACCGAGUGACCCGCAGCACAUUGGUGCUCCAUGACUUGCUCAAACACACGCCCACCAGCCACCCGGACCACCCGCUUCUGCAGGACGCCUUGCGGAUCUCCCAGAACUUCCUGUCCAGCAUCAACGAGGAGACGACGCCCCGGCGGCAGUCUAUGACGGUCAAGAAGGGAGAGAGCCGUCAGCUGCUGAGGGACAGUUUCAUGGUGGAGCUGGUGGAGGGCGCCAGGAAGUUGCGGCACGUCUUCCUCUUCACUGAUCUGCUGCUCUGCGCCAAGCUGAAGAAACAGAUCGGAGGUAAAAACCAACAGUACGACAGCAAGUGGUACAUUCCCCUGACUGAGCUGACCUUCCAGGACCCCGAGGAGGCCGAGCCCCUUACCAUCCCCCAGAUCCCUGACGAAGAGCUCGACGCCAUGAAGGUCAAGAUCUCACACCUCCGCAGCGAGAUUCAGAGAGAGAAGAAAGGCAACAAGGGUUCAAAGGUCAUCGACCGGCUCAAGAAGAAGCUCUCUGAACAGGAGUCCCUGCUCCUGUUAACGUCUCCGAGCUUGCCCAUCAGGGUCUACAACAAGAACGGCAAGAGUUACAGUUUCCUGAUUGCGUCCGACUUUGAACGUGCAGAGUGGAGGGAGAUAAUGAAGGAGCAGCAGAAGAAAUGUUUGAAAACUUCCUCCUUGACUUCAAUGGAGCUGCAAAUGUUGACCAGCUCCUGUGUCAAGCUGCAGACUGUCCACCAUAUUCCACUCAGCAUCAACAAAGAAGAGGAUGAAGCCCCCGGUCUCCACGGGUUCCUGAAUGUAAUCGUCCACUCUGCCUCCGGCCUCAAACAGAGUUUGAAUCUCUACUGCACAUUGGAGGUGGAUUCCUUUGGCUUCUUUGCAAAUAAAGCCAAGACGAGAGUGUAUCGAUACACCACUGAACCCAAAUGGAACGAGGAGUUUGAGAUUGAGCUGGAGGGCUCUCAGACCCUGAGGCUGCUCUGCUUUGAGAAGUGCUACAACAAGACCAAGCCAAACAAAGAGGACGGGGAGGGCACCGACCGCAUCAUGGGGAAAGGACAGAUCCCGCUCGACCCUCCGACUCUCCAAGGCAAAGACUGGCAGAGAACAGUUAUUCCCAUGAACGGGAUCGAGGUUAAACUUUCCAUGAAGUUCACCAGCCGAGAGUUCAGCCUGAAGAGGAUGCCCUCGCGGAAACCCAUGGGUGUGUUUGGUGUCAAGAUCUCCACGGUGACCAGGAGAGAGCGCUCCAAGGUUCCCUACAUUGUCCGGCAGUGCCUAGAGGAAAUUGAAAGGCGGGGUUUGGAGGAGGUGGGCAUCUACAGAGUAUCCGGAGUGGCCACUGACAUUCAGGCCUUGAAGACCGCCUUUGACACCAAUCAUAAAGACGUGUCAGUGAUGAUGAGUGAGAUGGACGUCAAUGCCAUCGCUGGGACCUUGAAGCUGUACUUCAGAGAGCUGCCAGAACCGCUCUUCACUGAUGACCUCUACCCCAGUUUUGCAGGCGGCAUCUCUCUGUCUGAUAGUGUUGCCAAAGAGAGCUGUAUGUUGAACCUCCUGCUGUCACUGCCUGAGCCCAACCUCGUCACGUUCCUCUUCCUUUUGGAUCACAUGAAGAGGGUGGCAGAGAAGGAAAGCAUCAACAAGAUGUCUCUCCACAACCUGGCAACGGUGUUUGGGCCGACCUUGCUGAGGCCUUCCGAGAAGGACAGCAAGAUCCCCACGAACCCCACCCAGCCCAUCAGUAUGGGGGACAGCUGGUCCCUGGAAGUCAUGGCACAGGUACAAGUGUUGCUGUAUUUCCUCCAGCUUGAGACGAUCCCCACCCCAGACAGUAAACGACAGAGCAUCCUCUUCUCCACUGAAGUAUAGAGCUAACGUUGACUCUGAGACUUGGACAAUGAAGGAGUGAAAUAGAAAUGGACCGUGGCUCAAAGUGAGCCUGUAGUAGUGUGUUUUUGAAUUAACUGAUCACAUUAGGGUCAGGCAGCUGGGAAGGAUCGUCUUUGACGUUGCCCCGACUCCCUCAAACACAGGAGGGCGCCAUUAGUCUUCGAAGCUCAGUGGAUGCAGGUCCUUGAGGUUCAUAUCUCCUGUUUCCUGAUAUUUAAUAUGAUUCCUUCUACCUUCAGUGAUGAUGUUGGCAUGUCUGCCUUCUACAUGUCUCCACCGUGCUCUUUGUUGGUCUCAACAUUGAACCUCUACAGCGUGUAGACAGUUGUAGUUCAAACAACAAAAAGUUGUCCAAAUCAGUCCAUAUUUGAACGAAAUACAUCUUUCUUGAUUCUUGAUUUCUUUUGCUAACAAAUCUGAAAUUCCACGUAUCUUUUUUUGUUUGGGCAUUAUCCUCUAUGUGUGUUUAUUUUGGACAAUCAUCAACUCUCAAGAAAAAAAUCUGUUGAUCCACCUCAAACAUUGCUUCAUGUCCUGCAGGAGAACAUUCUAACCAUGUCUUACAUAACCUACUGUCUUACUGAAAAGGCGAGAGGUAACACGUGUGCUGUUUGUAGGAGUUUAAAAACGAACAUCCACAGCUGCCACAGUACUGGCUUUUCUUCUUUGUGUAAGCACCUGUGUGUUAAAGUGUUUACAACGUAAACAAAUCCUAACUGCAGCUUGAGAAGAGACUGUAAGACAUCAUACAAUGUAACAGGAUGAUUAAUAAUACACAAUCUGACUGCCUGCGUUCUUCAAGAGCAUAAAAGCAAAUGUCUUGUUUUUGUGUUGUUUGUGUCUCAAGAUAGUCUUCAGCUUGAAUAUUGAGGAAGCAAUAUAUUUUCUAACAUAGGAGUUGUUUGUGUGCAUACCUUUGCAGACACAAGGUCCUUGUUAUUGUAACAUAGAACAUCUUGCCAAAUGAAUAUGUUGAUGGUUUGUUUCUAGGAGAAAAGGAAGUGGUUGUAUUUACAGAUACAGUAUGUACAUAAUCUUAAAGUUGUAUUGUUUUUUUCUUCUUUUUGUUCAACAGUAUGAUCAUUGUUGCUGUUAUUGUAAUUUAUUUUUGGGGCCAGGGGGGGAUUUAUUUUUAAUUUUUUAUGUGAACUUUAUUUCUGUUUGAUUAAGAAAGUGGUAGGUCUUAGCCUUGACUUCAAGUCCUGCAGUAAAUAAGCAGGAUUUAGCCUUGUUCUUAUAGAAUUUUACUCAGCUGUUCUGUCCAGCCUACCGAUUAUUCAUUUAAAUAUUAUUCUAACGGUAACACACACAUUGUAGUUACAUGACUGUAUGCUGCUGUGGAAAAGGCACAAGCUCUUUAACUGCUGGGUGUUCCUCAGCAGAAAGGCUCACAUCCAGAGACCGUCGCCUGUCUAGUGUAGACAUUAUGCAAUGUCAUAAUCGAGCACACACACACUCACACACAUAUGACAGUGACUUUUUUGUACCAUUUUAUCUGUGGCUGCAGAUGUGCACUCGCGCGAUGUUAGAACUACUGUAUUGCAACUCGAUUAACCUGAGAGCACUCUGCAUUUAUGUCCAUUAAGGAGCAUAUCUGUUGGUUAUAAUGAAGGAAUAUUAUUAUUGUUUUUUUCAUCUUCUCCUCACAUCUUUUUUUUAUUUAUCUCAUGCAUAUGUUCUUUAAUUCUUCUUCAUCCUAUUAAGCCUGAAGGGAUCCAACUCUGAGUAAAUUUUAAAAGCUCAAAUAAUGUUGUGUUGAUUUUAAAAGGAUCCAUAUCUCAUUUUAAUUUCGCUGUCCUUGAUUUAACAUGCAGGCAUGUUUUAUUGUUGUUGUUUUUUCUUCAUUUUGUUCUUGCUGUUGCUGUUUUGUUCACAAAUGUGUCAUCAUAGACUUUGGGAUGUUAGUAGCCCAUGAGGAUCUUGGUUUACAUUAUUACAGCAUGUCCCGUUUUGGCCAAUUUAAAAGACAGGUUCACAAAAAAUGUGAACCAUUUGUUGAAGCGCAAACACCCGUUGAAUGGAUCUGAUAAGAGGUUGUGUGUGGUUGUGUCCACGUUUAAGAUAACCCAGGGAGGGGCGUAUUGGAGUAAGUGUUAUUAUCAGCACAUUUAAACAUGUUAAGUCAUUUACAUUCAUAUGCACAUCAUAAAAUAGACUAACACGUCAUUAUUGUAUCAACCCAAGAAACAACAAUGUCGAGAUUUUAUUCUGAAAGUCGUCACGCCUUUUUAUGGGCUUUCACUCAUUUGGGCCUUCUGUAGCAUGCACACAAUGUUUCAUCAUCUAAUAUGUUAGGAUGUGAGACAGAGAAUAUAUUCAUUCAUUCAUCCAUUCAUGCGUCACCUAUACAACAAAUCCCGAUUGCCUACACUAUUCUACCCUAUCGUGCCUCGUCACUUUUUCUGUUUUUGUUUCGCGUCUGUGGUACUCUGAAAUGUUGUUCAGUCUCCUGUUGCCUUUGCUGAGGACAGCCACACACCUUUCAUCUCUUAAAGACUAAGACAGGACCUUAACCUUAAGCAUGGUCUUAGCUCGUACUGUACAUGCCCGCUCUACUUGCCACCUUCAUCUUACUGUGAUGCUGCAAUUCAAACUGUAAAGUCGGUCUUAAUUGGGCAAAAGACCGACUUCCUUGCCGUUCUCCUUGUUUGGCUCUUAAAAUUUCCGCACCUUUUAUUGCCUUUUAUUGUAAUUUAUUUAUGCUUCGUCCCAGUUCGGUAUAAGAAGGUCUUCUGCAUCUAUUUAUUUAUGAUAUGAUAUCAUCUAAAGCUAAAUUAAUGUUCGGAAAAUGGUCUGUAUGUGGUGUGCUUUCUUUGGGGAAAUGUAAGUUUUAUGUUACAGUCUGUUUAUUGAACAUCCUGUUAAAGUUACAACUGUUUGUUACUAUUUUGUCCAAGAAUCACAACCACUGUGUACAACUGCAAACACAUUUGGACUCUAAAGAUGUGUUGUACAACAGACUGGCCCCUGUGAUUGUCCAGCGAUCUGGUUUAGAUUGAAUGGCAGAUGCAGGUUCCUGUCCAUUUUAAAAAGGUACAUUCUGCGAGUUCACGCAACUCAAACUUUGAUAAUUUUCCACGGAGUUGUAUAAUAUGUAUUAUACUAGAGAGUACAUUAUUUGGUUUCCGUUUUAUUUAUUGUGGCGUCCGCUGACGCGUUAUCGUCUCGGGUUGAGCCGGUACGCCUCUCGUCUUAUUGAAAAGCCGAGCUGUCGGUAUGUGGUAGAGGACAAGAGUCUUAUAUUGCUCUAAAAUCUGCAUUGUUUUUGGUCUGUUGGUUGUCAGUGUAACUGCAUGUACCCUCCAUAACCUCAGUCCCUCUGUACAGGACACAUUAAAUCAAGUAGAAAAGGUUAAAUUUUUCUGUGGAAUAGUUUGAGGAUAUGGAACAUAUUGCUCUACAUGAAAGUUAGAAAACUCGUCCAUUUAUUGUACAUUUAUGCCAUGUCCAUGCUAUAGUUAAUACUAUCAAAUGACCCUCUACUGCCACUUCCACAACAUCAACUGACUAAAUUUGACUACUUUAACCUUUGGAAACAUGAUAGUUUUGUUUCGACACUUAACGUAUAAAGCUGAGGAUGAGACUUGUUGGCCAACCACUUUUUACCUUCCUCAAUUUUUUUAGCUCUUGUUCCUGUUCAAUAUUCAAUGUUCUGCUUGUAGAACUGUAAAAAGGAAUACCGUAUUCUGAGGGCAAACAUGUUUGGAAGGCAUUUGCAGCCUGUUUGUACACAAAAAUGUUCAAUAAAACCUCGUUGUAACUACA